AUGGAAUCGGUAAAAUCAUUAACAAAUAAGAAACGCGGAUUAAAAGCGCAGUUCAUGGUGUUAGAUAAUGCAUGUAACAAGUUAAUAAAUAGGCCGUUGUCUGAUUUAAAUGUUAGGGAUAUAGAAGAAUACUUAAAUAAGUUGAACACUUUGGAGGAAAAUUACGUAAAUGUUAUUAAUAAUUUAGCAAAUGUCUUAGACGACGAGGAGGAAAUAACUAAAUUAUACGACAUUGAUUUAAUUAGUGUCUUAAAUGACAUCAAACGAUUAACAGAUAAUUUCAAUCAAGUAAAAAAUAAAAUACCUCAAACCGAUUUAAGUAAUAAUAAUAUUAGAAGCGAACAAAGUCAAAGUUUCAACAAUAAUAUAAAACUUCCAAAUAUCGCAUUACCAACAUUUGACGGUUCCUAUAGUAAUUGGUUACAGUUUAAUGAUUCGUUCACGGCAUUAAUUCAUAAUAAUACCAAUCUAAGCAAUGCCGAAAAAUUCUAUUAUUUAAAAACUUGCUUAAAAAAUGAAGCUGCAAGCGUCAUACAUUCACUGCCGUCAUCGUCAGCAAAUUAUGAGAUUGCUUGGGGAUUGCUUAGAGAUAGGUUUGAAAAUAAAAAAAUAAUAAUAAAUAACCACAUUAGAAGUUUAUUCAAUCAUUCUGAAAUAAAGACAGAAGAUUUUAAAAUGUUAAGAAAUUUAGUGGAUAGCUUCAAUAAAAAUUUACGUUGUUUAGAAGCGUUAGGUGAGCCUGUCAAUAAUUGGGACUCAUUAAUUAUGUAUUUAAUAUUAACGAAGGUGGAUUCAGCAACUCGUCGCGAAUGGGAGCUAUCCAACAAUAAAGGUUCAGACAUUUCAAAAUUUUCUGAUCUAGUAAAGUUCCUGGAUUAUAGGUGCCAGGUAUUUGAAUCGCUUUAUUAUGAAAAGCUACCAACUAUCGAAUCGCAUAAACAAGUUUCAUUAAAAAGCGAUAAAGUUACCAGAUCCUAUGCGAUCUCAAACGCAUUGCAAUGUGUAUUAUGUAAAAAAAGUCAUCCAUUAUUUAAAUGUGAAGAAUUUAGAAAAUUAAAAGUAAAUGAAAGAAUAUCGCAAGUACAGCUGUUAAAAAUCUGUACAAAUUGCUUGAAUACAAACCAUCAAAUAGAUAAUUGUUCAGUUUUAAUUCGUUGCGUGGUUUGCCAUGAAAAACAUAAUACACUAUUGCAUUGUGAAGAGCUAGCAAAUCCGUUGAUUGAAUCUAUACCUAGCACAUCAUUUGUUAGUAAUGUGAAUUUAUCACAGGUUUUACUUUCAACAGCGGUCAUUUCGGGAUUAAAUAAAAACCACGCAUGGGUUCCUGCUAGAAUCUUGUUGGACAACGGUUCACAGUCAAAUUUUAUAACACAGGAAUUUUCAAAGAAACUUUCCUUAAAAACGGAGAAGUUAAAUAUGUCCGUUUCAGAUUCAAUCGCAAGUAAUAUACCCGCGAUUUCGUUCUCAUCAAACCAUUUUAAAAUUCCUCCCGGAAUAAAAUUAGCUGAUCCAGAUUAUAAUAUCAGCGGUAGGAUAGAUAUGUUAUUGGGAGCGGGUUUAUUUUGGAGUUUGUUACGAAAGGGUUUUAUUAAGUUGAGCAAAACUAACACGAUUUUGCAAAACACUGCAUUGGGUUGGAUAAUUUCAAGCACAAUUCAAUCGCAUCACUCGUCUAAUGAAACUAUUUGCAAUUUUGCAAUGAAUUCGGUUUCUAAUAGUAGUUUUGAAGGGUCUAACAACUUAAAGCACAGACCAAUAAAACCUAAAUCAGAAUUAAAAAGGCAUUCCGAAAAUGGCAUUUUGCGCAUUGGCGAUACAAAUUUAUUCUGCAAAAUGCCUGGAGAUAAUUUCAAGGAAUCAUCUAAUAAGUCUAAGAAAUCAUCCCCCUUAGAUGUAUAA